AUGCUUCAGGUGAUUGUAAUACUGGUAAUCGCUAUACAACGACAGAUAUUUCGCCUUCGUAACAAUAACGUUCGUCGUGAACAAAAUAUUAGUAUUGGCGUUGGAAUGACCAAAAAUCAGCGUAAUGAAGUUUUGAAAAGGAUAGAACUGGUGCGACAAUUUCAACUGCUUCGUGCUCCAAAAUUCACUGAAAUUGGUACAAUAGCCGAACAUGCAAAUGCGCCCUACAUCAAUCGUAUGAUUGCUUUGGAUGAGCUACGUGAAAUUGAUCGUCAGUUGGAAUUCGUGAAUGCAGACUUGGUUCGUAGUGCAGGUGAGUCGACUUAUCUAUACUUGACCAGAAUGAAACAGGUUGCGCUGCCGACCCUGCCCGAGCAACUCAUUGAACGAUUGGGCUUCUUGGCUGAACACUGCCGUUUCAGACAUCAGCCGUUCACUGAAAAAGAGCUAAAGGAAGUGCGUGCACUAAUCAAAGAUGUCGUUCGCAUAUUGAAUAGUGAGCAACAACGGUUAUCGGCAUUGCAUUUGAAGCCGUCGGACACCGGAAGUGGCGUUGGACCUGUAUUAAGCGCUUCUUUGCACACUAUAUCGAAGAGGCUGUCAGCAGGUGAAAAUAAACUUCACGUUCGUAAGAGGUCGGGUUCAGGGGGAAACUCGCAGCGUAGAAGUGCAUCAAUGUCGAAGAGAUCGAGAUCGAAAGCCGGUAGGGAUUCAUUUCACUUAACUAACUGGGAAGUUGUGUUUGGAUAUUGCUACCGCUAUGGCAUUCAUUUUGGAUGGUUGAUUUGCAAUGUUUUAAUGCGAAACAUGUUGCUCAUAUUCUAUAAUUUUGUUGCUUGGGGUAUUGGUUUUGCCGGAGCAGUUGCUACGUUGCAUCUACUGAGUGCAUUGUCCAUGAAGAAGAAAUCGAAACAGUUUUGUGAUUAUAAUCAGAUUGAACGUCCAAAACAACAGUGGUACCCUCGUCCUGCACAUAGUGUACUUCAUCGUCAAGAUCAUUCACUGUCAAGUCCACAGAAUGACAGCGAUUACGAAUCAUCAUCGGCUCUAAUAAUCUCAUCGUUCUACGAGCACGACCCUCCGCCUCAUCGUAAAUUGGAUGCCACACAAUCGGCAAACUCCGAAAGCAUUCCACUGAUUACGCAGUGUUUAAGAAAUCGUUCGGCAACGUUCGACUCACAAAACCGCAAAAAUUUACAAACAUCCAGCGAACGUUUGCCGUUAUUACUGCAGACAUCGGUGAAUUCUUCGUCAUCUUGA